CUGGGAUACCAGAGGAGAGAAACGAGGCAAAUGUCCACCGACCUGUACCGGCGCAGACAAUAAAUUACCUGUCACUGGAAAGUAUUGCUUAUAAAGAUUGUUUCACCUCUUUGGUUUUGAAUUACAAAAAAUGUAAAACGGUGCUUUGUUCACUCGGGUUUGUAAGUCAUUCAUAGGCUUGCGAGAAUAAACAGAGCCAACUCAAACUCUACAAGAUGCACAAACUGGAUGGUCUGGUGGAUUCGAAAGAGGCGUCUAUACUUGCGCGAAGAAGAGAUGAAGAAGUUCAGAGGCAGAACAGAAUUUUUAAUACCAGAAUCAGAACAAUUGGGAUUGAUCAGCAGGCAUUGGAUGCCCAAAUCCAAGAUAGGAAAAUUCAGGAUGAGACCGAGGCUAGAAAACACAUUGCCUUUGCUAAAGAUUUGAUUCGACAUGACCAAACAAUGUGCCUCCUCGAUGAUCGGCACAAACAUGACGUUAUUAACAUGAACAAGGCUGUUUCUGAAUACCGUAUAUGCUAUCAGAAGCCUGAAACACGUCGUGAGUUUGAUCUGAAUGAUCCGCAAGCCUUAAAAAAAGAUGUUCCCGCCCGAAUUUCAGACACUGAUCCUCGCUGCACUGUAUCUAGCAUUCAGAAGUUUACUGGAGAAGACAUAAAUCAACAAGAAAGGAUUAGACGUCAACAGGAACAAAUCAGGGAAUGGUCACUUGCACAGCAAAACGAAUUGAAGAAUGCUUUGGAAGACCAGAAGUUUGCAAAUAGAUUGUAUGAUAACACCAGAAUAGCUUUGGACCGAAGAAUUUGCGACUUGCAACAAAUGGAAGAAGACACAAGGAGAGCUGUUACUAUAACAACCAAAGAUUUUAAUUGGGCCCAGGCAACUGAAAAGGCUGCAAGACAAAAGCUGGAAAAGCAACAAGAGCAAGAAGAUAAUUUAGUUGAAAUUGAAAAUCUUCUUCACAGUGAUUUGCUAACAGAAAACCCAAAACAGGCAACCAGUGCUUUUGGACCAAAUCAUGUUAUUGUACAUCGAUGGAAAGGAAUGACACAAGAUCAAAUAGAUGAUGUCAUUCGAAGACAAAAGCAACAAGUCCAGGAAAGAAAGAGACUGGAGGAAGAAGAACGCCAGGUUAAUGCAGAAUGGGACAGGCGACGGAUCAAUGAUGCCCGAGCAGCUGUGCUUAUGGAACGGCAUCAGAAGCGAGUACAGAGGCAGCUCCGGAAAGCUGUGGAUUGCCAGAACAUGCUGCUGUGUAAGGACCAUAAAGAACGGGAGAGAUUUUUGAAAAAUGAAGUCUACGUGAAUGUUCCAACUGCUAAAUAUUUUGAACAGUUCAACACAACCAGCCGCUAAAAUGGAAGAAAAUGUUGACAUUUGCUACACACGUAUAUAUUUAAAAGACCGAUUUAGAUUUGUUUCUUAUAAAUCAUACUUUGCUGUUAAAAACAAAUACUCAAGGAUACCUGGAGUUUUUUUUCAUACAUCUAAUAACUGAAUAAAGAAUUUAGAAAACAUAAGGAUAGCAAAUUUAGCAUUUGAAUGGUUUGCCAUAUUAACCAGAGAUACCAGAAAAAAAUUGAACGGCUGCUGUUAUUUUGUUGUUUUCCAUAUGAUAUUUGGAAACUUUUAAUACCACAAAUAAAAACUUUUAAUUUAACUUUUGGAAAUCAGAUCUUCUGCUGUAUAAAAACCCAUUUACUAUAAACUAUAAUGUUGAUCUUGUCUGUCAGUUGGCAAUCAAAUGGUGCUAAACAGCUGCCUCUAUCCAACUUGUUUCUGCUGUCAACAGAUUAGGAUUAAAGUAAAUUAAUUUGUUUCUAACAUUGGUCAUGUUUUCCGAAGUGUUUAUAAAAAUAUCAAGAAUCACAUUUUUUAAUUGCAGUUUUAUAGUACAAAGAAUUAUUUCCUAAAAUAUCCGCUGCUUUGUAAAGCACCAAUAAACUGUGGAAUUUUACAGAGUAAAUGUCAUGUGGCGAGUUUGCAUACUUUCCAUUCUGGCAUGUACUGUAAAUCUUCUGCUGUGGUGCAGUGUGGAAAAUUUAGGAGUGUAAAAUCUGCAUAACUCGACAGCAAGGCAGAUGUUAGUAAUGUCUCUGCAUUUUCCAAUAUGAAAAUUACCAUAUGUGAAAUACUCAAUUGUUCAUUAUUCUUUUAAAAGUUCAAAGAAUUUCCCUUUAAUUUCAUUGUUAAACACAUUGGCAACCAUGCGCACAUAUUCCAUUACAGAGGAAUGAUGCUAUGUCUGUAUAAACUUGAAGAAAAACAUUGCAAAUUCUUGUCAGACCUGAUAAGUGUCCUUGACACAUGAAGUAAUCAUUCAUUUGUCUCACCAGUAUAUUUUAAUGCCAGCUUCUAUUGUAACAUAAACAUAUCCCUUUCCUUCUGUCACCAGAUAUAGUCACAUGCCUUUGUUUCUAAGUCCAUAUUCUCAGUAAUAAAGAUUAAUCUUUAAAUUUAUUUGCAAUCCAUUAGUACAUUUACUUUUUAAUAUCUUGUCUAAAUCCAGGACAGGAUUUAUGGCUCCCAUUACGAUUUCUAAUCUCAAAUCAAACAUGAAAUUCAACACUGUCCAUUAGUCAUCCAUUCAAUUUGUUCUGAAGUGCCCGUGGUAUUUUUUAUUACAUUGCAUUCAGCCAAUUUAGUAUUUUCUCAAUUUUCUCCCACUUUCUCCUUCAGACAGGAAUCUGACUAUAUCUAUACCUUUUAUGUGGUUAAUCACCACCUUUUUCUGUAUGUCAGUGAACUUAUUGAUAUCACCAAAAAUGACAUGUGCCAUUAUGUGUAUUCUGGUAACCUGCUACGGAACACAGAAGCAUGGAAAAAUAGGUGCAGGAAUAGGCCAUUCGGCCCUUCGAGCCAGCACUGCCAUUCAAUAUGAUCAUGGCCGAUCAUUUAAAAUCAGUACCCCAUUCCUGCUUUUUCCCCAUUUCCCUCGAUUCCUUUAACUCUUAGUGCUAACUCUAACCUGCAUAUAGCUGGAGAAGUUAGCCCUUGGUUAAAAGCACUAAAUGUAUGUUGGACACCAGUAGGAUUCAGCCACAGGUACUCACAGAUACAUAUUUAGUAAUAUAUAUAUAUAUUGUAUAAGCGGUACACGAUAGCGCUACAAUUUUUGGACCACCUUACUCACAAUUGUCUUGUGGUGUGUUUUAUCAGUUUUGUUCAGAUUGAUGGUAUAU